AUGACGGAAUCAAAGUACAGUUACAGCAUAGUCCCAGGUUAUUUCCUGCAGGAUGAUCCGGCUACAGACCCAGCCACUUUCGACUAUGUCAAAUCAGACUUCGGUCUAAUCGCCAAAUCUUAUGACACUGAAAAAGAAACUCUCCAAACAACUCAAUGGCAACGUUUCAGCGAACACAUCAAAACCCUGAACUCCAACCCCCACCAAAAAUACAAAGUCCUCUUCCUAGGACGACACGGCGAAGGCGUCCACAACGUCGCCGAGACCCGCUACGGCACGAAAGCAUGGGAUGAACACUGGUCUCUGCUCGAUGGAGACGAGUACGGAAGCUGGGUCGAUGCCCACCUCACCGAGAAGGGAAUCGAUCAAGCAAAGACCGCCCACGCUGCUUGGGAAGAACAGAUUGAGAAAGGUGUUCCGGCGCCGCAGUCUUACUAUGUCAGUCCCUUGAAUCGGUGCCUGGCAACGGCACAGGUUACUUUUGCUGGCUUGCCUAUGUCUGGCACGGAGCCGUUCAAACCCAUUGUUAAGGAGCUCCUCCGCGAAACAAUGGGCGAACACACCUGCGACAAGCGCUCCACUGCGUCAGCCAUCAAAUGCGAAUACCCAGAAUACAUCAUUGAACAAGGUUUCACAGAAGCAGAUGAACUAUGGGACGCAAAGACCCGCGAAUCAGACCAAGAUCGGGACGCGCGACUGCGCCGGUUCCUGGACGAUGUCUUCGACACUGAUGAGAAUGUUUUUGUUUCUAUGACUGCCCAUUCUGGUGCCAUUAGUAGUAUUCUGCAGGUUGCUGGGCAUCGCUGGUUCCCACUUGCUACUGGGGGUGUUAUUCCUGUUGUUGUUGUCGCUGAGAAGGAGACGACACAACUUACACCUGCGGCUACGCCAGCGCGCGAUCCUGAGAUGAUGAGGACUUCUAUGGCUACGCUUAUGGCUUUGCUUGAGAGGGCUGAUGGGGACGGGAGGUUGUCUAGGUUGAUGAGCGCUGUCUCUGGGGGGCGGGCGACGAGAGAGGAGAUGGAGGAGUUUACGGCUAUUGUGAAUAAGCAGGCUUUUCCUAGUGAGGGAAAGUGA